AUGCUACCCUUUGGAAUUUUAUUUCUAAUUGUAUAUAUUGGAAUAUACUAUCAGAAAAAGUCAGAACUUCGCAGGAAGUUGUCACGUAAACAACAACUGUUAAUCCAACGAAUGGAUAAUUUGAGAAAACACCUUUCAACACUGAACCCUGAAUUGUUAUCACUUACAGAUCUCAGUUUGGAAACACUACAACAACAAUUGAUUGAAGGCAAAUUUACUCCAGUUGAUUUAUUGCAUGCCUACCAAAUGAAAGCUUUACGACUACAUGACGCAGGGAAUUCAGGUGUAUGUGAAUUUUUAGAGGAAGCAGAACAACUGGCUGUGAAUCUAGUGAAUUCAAAUCGUCUAUCCAAAAACAAACAAACUUUGGUUGGAAUACCAAUCAGCAUAAAAGAAUUGUGUUUAACUAAGGGCACUUCUCAAACAGCCUUAUCACUCAGCGGAAUAAAUCCUGUAUUCGGUGAUUUGUCCAACCCUUACUCUUCAAAUCAUGAAACAGGUGGCAGUUCAAGUGGUGAAGGAGUACUUUUGGCAUUAAAGGGUUCACCGGUAGGAAUUGGAACGGAUUUAGGUGGAAGUGUCAGGAUUCCUUCGGUAUUUUGUGGUCUUGCAGGGUUGAAACCAACCUCCGGUCGUUUGAGCAAUCAAGGUCUAGCCACGUUAGGUUAUAAGAAGUCUGUCUCUCUACGAGUGUCUGCGGGUCCAAUGGGUAAGCGAGUGGAUGAUUUAGCGAAACUUAUGCGCACACUUCUUACACCUAAAAUGUUCGAGCUGGAUCCUUCAGUACCACCUUUGGUUUUUAAUGAAAUAAUCUAUGAGGGCAGAGACAAAACAAAUUUGUGUAUAGGAUAUUAUGAAGCUCUAGAUGAUCCAUCUCUUAUUGCUACCGUCCCAAGUAUUCGUAGAGCAAUACGUGAAUCAGUCAGUGUUUUGAAGCGAAAUGGUCACCAAGUCGUGCCUUUCAAUGUACCAAAACCAAAGUGGGCAAAUGAGUUGGGUAUGAAAGCGAUGGCUAUUGAUGGUAAAUAUAAUUUGCUCAGGGAACUGUUUGCGGAGCCAUUGAAUGAGCACACCAAAUGGCUAAAUAUAAUCCCUCGUGUACCACACUGUUUAAAAGUUUUGGUAGAUAACCUCAUGAAACUUGUCAUUGGUAAACCAGCAGCAGUUACUGAAUACUUGGAUGGAGCUAGAGGAGAGAAGGAGGUACUAAAUUUGAUUUCAGAUAUUGAGGAGUAUCGACGUGAGUUUCAGAGAGCUAUGGAAGAAGCUGGUGAUCUUGAUGCAAUCAUCUGUCCAGUGUUUCCAUUUCCAGCCUUCCCUAAGUCAGCUAAAUCCCUCUUCGUUACACCUGCUAUUGCUUAUACAACUUUGUAUAACACGUUAAAUUAUCCUGCUGGAACAGUUUCAAUGGGUCAUGUAAAUAGAGAUGACGUGGAGGAAUCAAAACACUGGCCGAAAACUAUAAGAGAUCUGGAGACCGUUUUCACUCUGAGGUAUUCAAACAUCAAGAGUUAA